AUGGUUUCAGCCGAGCCCCACAACUACAGCUUCAUGCCUGAUCCUCACACUUCUGACUACCUCGCCAUGAACCACCGCUACAACGAUCGAUCGCCAUCUCCCGCGCGCAAGCUCUGGCCCUUUAACCGUUCUCGCUCUUGUAGUCCCAACACACAGCCACAAUCCAACCUCGGUCUCGACACCAGCUUCAACAACAACACAGAUUAUCGCUCCACAAAGUCGUCGGCCAACUCCAACAACAAUGCCAUCAGCCCCUCGGGCUCGGCAUCGAGCUUUGUCGUCAGGAGUGUCGUUCGCGCUCCCGGCGGUGUUUCUCUUCCCACAUCUCCUGCCAAUGAGCACUCACAUGCAUCCUUCUUCAACGACCCGGGUCAUCAAUCAGCCACGCCUGCAGCUCGAAGGAUGCUCCUCGAAGAUUCGGACGAUGAUCUGGGUCUCGAUCAGCAGCAGCAGCAGCAGCAGCAACAACAGCAACAGCAACAGCAACAGCAGCAUCCAUCCCUCCAGUACAGGCGCUCCAAGAGCAAACCUCUCGGCACACCUGCCAGUCUCGGUGUGCCACCAGGUGGCCCAGGUGGCGGCGUCGGAUAUGGUACUGCUCGCUCCUCCAACGAUGGAAGACCCGAGUCUGCUACUGCUAGUCAGCCUUCUCCCUUUUACAGACCCGCCAGUCCAUCUGGAAGCAUCACUGCUGGUGAGUUCCAGCGUGGUGCAAAGGAACGAGGACGAUCUCCUCGCAAAUCCAUCUCUGCCCACAGCAGCUCGUCAACCCAUUCCGCCCACACCCCUGAGCAGCCCCGCUCUGCAUCGGCCAACUCGGCCGCUUCAUCCACAGGAAAGAAGCCCAUAGCUCGUAUUACCGCCGGGCCCAAGAGCCUGAUGCAGCGGCAACAAGAUGAUCUUGAACAGCAACGCCAGGCUCACUUCCAGAAGCAACACCAGCAACACCAACACCAACACCAACAGCAUCCUAACGCUGCUGCAGCUGGGCGCAACACCGGCAUGUCAGGUCCUCGCAACUACCCCAGUGUUGCUCCUCCUCAUCCUUCUGGCAACCAACCUCUCCCUCAUCAGCAGCUCCCUCACGCACGCCGCGACCAAACUGCUGUUCUGCCGCCUGUGGAUCAGCGCGCCAGCCUCGGUUUCCCCUUGCUUCCUCCUCAGCAUGCACCUAGCCAUGAAGAUCGCGACGAAUCGCCUAACCGAUCACGUCGCUUCUCGUUUGGCAUCGGUGGUCGUUCGCGCAAGGACAGCCAAAAUGCUAAGCCACCCAGCGCUGCGCCUGUGGACGGGCUGCCUUCUCCUGUCGACAUUCCUUACGGACGAUCUUGUCACUCUCCUCUGCGAUUCGGUGAGAGCGCAGAGACAGACUACUCGCGCGCCAAUUCUCCUUUUGGCUCUGUUUCUCCCGCCCGCGCACCUGCCAGCUCCAACUCGUCUGGAUUCUUGUCCAACUUGAUGCGCAAACAAGCCGCAGACGAGGGCGACACCAGCCAAACGCAUCAUCACCAGCCCCUUGCUCGCAGCUCCUCCCCUGGCGGCGGCUCCAAUUUGGCCGGUAAAUGGUUCAAGGGGGUCUUUGGUCGCUCUCCCCGUGCUGACGAGAAAGACCCGCAUUAUUCUUCCGAUCUCGGUCCUUUCCCCUUGUCAGCCCGCGGCACAAGCGACGCCGAAGACCAAGCUGCUUAUGCGCAAAAGCUUGCGUCUAUGCGCCAGGCGCGUCACAUUGUCGAUGAGGAGCGACAAAGGUGCAUGCUGGCUCCUACCACCCCCGCUGGCACUCGAGAUACUCCGGGAUCAGCCCAACGAUUCGAUCCUGAUCAAGAUCGCGAGUUCCGGCCCCGACAGGUGGUCGACAGUGAUGUCGAAGACGAUGCUGCGCACAGCGAUGCAGACGUCAAUGUUGCUCUGCAGUUCCAGCUGGGACGCAAAAAGAGUCCACCAGGCAGGAAGCCUGUGCCUGCGUACCUGCCUGGUACAUCGCCCAUCACGGAUGCGGCUGCAUUGCACGACGAGCCACUGACGCCUGCUCAGAGGAUCAUCCAAGAAACGCGCUCCAAGCAAAUGGCUCGUGAGCAGAUCGAGGCUCAGCGCAAAGAGGCCAUCACAAACCAACAGCAAUUGUCAGCGUCUGGUCAGCGCAAGAUAACGCCCAUCGACGCUCAGCUGGACGGUCCGCCUACCCCGUCCAAGGACAAAGCUAAUCACCAGGCUCAUCAGCAGCGUUUCCCCAGCGGCGCGCAUCAGAUCACCCGCGAGCCAGCCAGAGGGGCCCCCCAGCCCGAAACUCAAACUCAAAAUCGUACCACAAUUGCUCCCCACAGCGCACCUCAGCGCAAUCCUGGCACACUUGCACCCGGUACCGGACCCAUGCCCGCCGAUCUUGGCUUGCGCGAUGCACUCCAAGAAAUGAUGGUGCGCUUCUACCGCUUCGAACGCUACUCGGUUCCUCUCAUCAGGUCGCUCGAGACUCGCCUGCUCGACAUUGAACGAGACGCCAUGCUUGCCAACAACCCACAGGCACGAAGCGGUACGCGUGCUUCGAUCUCCUCAAACAACAGCGCAGAGAUGGAUCGCUGGGUUAACCAGAUGACCAGCUUGAUGAAGCACGAAAUCGGACAGCUCAAAGCUGCGACGCGCGAAAUCAAGGAGUCAAGGGAGCUCGUGGCGACCGUGGCUAGGCAAGCGAGUGCUUCCAGCGGAGGCGUCGGUCUAAGCACCAGCGUGUCGAGCUUUGGAAGCUUGGUGGCCAUCACGCCCGAGGCAUCGGUGCAAACCAUGCAAAAGCUUGUCGAGGAGGAGGAGCUAACAAAUGAGAGCAAGACCAAUCUUUCCAGCUCGACGUUGCAAGACGUCGUACCGAGAUUGGCGCUGCCUGCCGGUGCCAAACCCGCGCUGGAAAAGGACCAAGGCAAGCACACGCAUACGCAUUCGCAUUCGUCACCAACAAAGGCAAACUUUGGGUUUGCUAGCGAGAGCGGUAAGGAGCACAAGGACUUUGGCAGGGAAAGGUCGGUUAGUCCCAAUGGUAGGCCGCGAUUCACAAGUGUGCUUGGAAAGCCGUUGGGCCCGGCACAGCCGCAGCGAUUGUCGGCUGUUUCGUCGGUCGAGGACACCAAGACGGGUAGCGACGGUCUUAAGCGUGACAACCCAGUCGAGACUCGAUUGAAGGCGUUGAUGGAAGCGAAAGGUGAUUCGGCGAAGAGCACCCAUCCGAACGAACCAGAGAGGGAGGGAAAACGCGCUAUCGAGGAAGCCACAGCAGAUGAGAGUGGAAGCAGUGAUAUUGCUGCCGCGCUGGCCGCUAUCGACGCCUCGUCGUCUGCCGCUGCACCCUCGAAACCGACAGCACCAAACGAAGACCAGCACCAUGUGCCUAUCUCAAAGUCGUCCUCCAACUCGGGUUCCGCAUCUGCAUCCGCAUCGAUCGAGGAACCUCUAACACCGACGGUCGAGGUUGCCAGUGCCAAACCUACCGCUGCUCAGGUGGAUCUCAGAUCGAAGCACCAAGCUUCAGACGAUAGCGUAGGCGCCACACUGUCUCGGUUACCCUACCUGCAUCGCGAUGCCAGCCAAGUCGAGAGCGUUGCUUCCGCACCGAGCCCGAUCAAGACAAACAUGGGCUCGAGCACGACGGCGUCACCUACGAUGAACUCGGGUCGAAUUUCGCCAAACAAGCUGUUUUCGCACAAGUUGGCCGCAUCAGGAGGUGUCAGUGCAAGUGCAAGUGGCGCUGCUAGUUCGGCGGCGGUGGGCAGUGCGAGUGCCAAGUUGGGCUUGGUGGAGAAGAAGAGGUUUACUCUGCCUGCCCCAAGUUCCGCCGCCUCGACGACAUUAGGUGCAGGGACAGGUACGACACUGCCGGCCAGACACGCUGGUCGAGUAAGCCGCACGCCCAGCUACACAUUGGACGACAGCUGCUUAGCUGCUGCCCCCACCAGCGCCGCGUUCAGUGCGCUGGCCAAGGUCAAACCCGUAGGACACAGAGCGACGCUGCAGGAGCGCGUGGCAUUUUUCGAUGCUGCAAAGUAA